AUGUGCGACCGAAAGGCAGUGAUCAAAAAUGCAGACAUGUCGGAGGAGAUGCAACAGGACUCAGUGGACUGCGCCACCCAGGCACUGGAGAAAUACAACAUCGAGAAGGACAUUGUGGCCCACAUCAAGAAGGAGUUUCACAAGAAGUACAACCCCACCUGGCACUGCAUCGUGGGAAGAAACUUGGGUAGUUAUGUGACACAUGAAACCAAGCACUUUAUCUACUUCUACCUGGGCCAAGUUUCCAUUCUUCUGUUCAAAUCUGGUUAA